AUGUCGCUGCCCCUCGUCGUUGAUGAAGUCUUGCAGGAAGUGGAUAAUUUUUCCAUACAUGGAAACGCGGUCAAAGACGUUUAUGAUGUACCAAUGUCUGCUAUCAAUCGACCUAUACCGUCGAUAUUGGACAGGGAAAAGGUAGAAAACAUGAAGACCAUUCUGCAGAUCCCUGAUAGAGAGAAGGAAUUGACACCUAUCGAUGUUCAUCAUGUGCAGUAUCAAGGAAAAGACUAUUAUUUUGCUUUUGGUGGCUGUCAUCGAUGGGCAGCGAACAAGGAGUUGGGCAGGGAAACGAUUAGAGCCAAAUUGAUAGACACACCACCGAGUAUGAUAUCAAAUUAUCUUGGCGCUUCCUCACCAUUUAAAUAA